AUGCAUCAGCCACAACAAGUCAUUGACGCCGAAGACGGGCAAACAGAUGAUGACCGUUCUGAAAUCGAAAGCAUCGCCACAUCGAGCACGAGCAUCAGUAGUUCGAUUCUAGAUUAUCGAAUCGAGAACGGAAGGACCUACCAUCGAUACAAGGAUGGCAAAUACGUUCUUCCGAACGAUGAAUCGGAAAACAUGCAACAUGAGAUUUUCCUUUACACCAUUGGCGGCAGGCUGGGGCAGGCACCGUCGUGUGAUAAAGAAGCACGCGUCGGGCGUGUCCUUGACGUGGGCACUGGUACCGGCAUCUGGGCUAUCGACUUUGGCGAACUUCAUCCCGAGUCCGAGGUCUAUGGAGUUGAUCUUUCGCCCAUCCAACCAGAAUUCACGCCACCCAAUGUAAGGUUUGAGAUUGAUGAUGUUGACGAGGACUGGACCUAUUCGCAACCGUUUGAUUACAUCCAUAGUCGAUUCAUGACGGGAGCUAUCACCGACUGGAGGAAGUUCUUCAAGUCUGCCUACGACAAUCUCAACCCUGGCGGAUGGUUCGAAGUUCAAGAUGCAGAUAUCAACCCCCAGUCUGACGACAAUACCUUCCCCAAAGACUGCGCCUUAGCCGAGUACGUCAAACUCCUUCAAGAAGGCGCAACAAAGGCCGGGUGCGACUACGUCGACAUCCCUGGUCUAUCGCACAUCAUGACCGAGGUUGGGUUUACCGACGUCUCUGUCCAGAUGUUCAAGUGGCCCAUUAAUCCAUGGGCAAAGGAGCCCAGGUACAAGAAGCUCGGCCUCUGGACCCAGGACAACUUUGGCAGCGCUCUUCAGGGUCUCUGCAUGGCCCUUUUCACGCGCGUCCUUGAGUGGACACGUGAGGAGGUUGAAGUAUUUCUCAUCAAUGUGCGCAACGAUGUGAAGAACACAAACUAUCACGCGUACUUCCGCAUCUACUGCGUCGUCGGUCGCAAACCUGAGAAGGAGGCUGAGGAGCCAAUAGCGCCUCCUCCCCAGGUUCCGUCUCCUGAAGCUGUCGCGGCUACAAGUUCAACGAGUCCCGCCACACCUGCGACUGCUGGAGCUGCAAGUCCGAAGAGUGCAAAGAGCCCCAAGAGUCCCAAGAAGACAAGCUGGAGACUCAAGGGAGGGGGAGGGGCUACCUUUCCAGCAGGCCGUAACGUUUUCAUAUAUGUCGCAGCAGCUGAAAGACCAUUGAACUGGGAGCGCAAGCUCGCGUUCCGCACCUCUGCCCAUAUUUGGUACUCCGAGCCCGUCGCGCUUGUUCCAGUGCAGAAAAGUGUGGGAAUAAGGCAACAUCGCCGCGAACUCGCAUAUGCGGAAGAUGCGCCGUUUCUCGUGUCACCUCACAAAAAGACGUGCGCUUCCUAUCGCGGACUGGAUAAGCCCCCGCAUCCAAAGAUAGCUAGUCCAGGGCCCCAACGGAAUUUCAUCAUCAUGGCUGAAAUUGACCGUGAAGUUAAGAUUGUAGCUGAGGAGACUGACAACCUCAGCAAUCUCACAUCGCAGUUCGAGAGCUUGUUCCUGCUAUGGUGUAUGGCUGAUGUUAAUGAAAAAUGGCAGAACGUAGCAUUAUCAACCCACAGCCUCACUGCGUCCAUCUUUCAAAAUCGAGUCGAGAAUGGCCGGACGUAUCAUCGAUAUAAGGACGGCAAAUACAACAUGCCAAAUGACGAGACGGAGAGCGAGAGGCUAGACUUUCAGCACGAUAUUUGCAUCUAUACCUUUGACGACAAACUCGGAAUAGCCCCGCCAUGUGAGGAUGACGUCGAGGUCGGUCGAGUUCUUGACGUGGGGACCGGGACCGGGAGUUGGGCCAUGGAUUUUGGCGACUUACACCCCGAGUCUGAUGUGCUGGGCGUCGACCUCUCGCCUGUGAAAGCAGAAUUAGCCAUACUGACUAGUGAAACGUUCAACUCUAGCGUACCAACAAACGUCAGAUUCGAGGUCGAUGACGUUGAAGAAGAUUGGACAUAUUCAGAGCCGUUCGAAUACAUCCACAGUCGAUUCUUGACGGCAAGCAUAGAAGAUUGGGAACGAUUUAUCAAGCAAUGUUAUGACAAUCUUACUCCCGGUGGAUGGCUAGAGCUCCAGGAAGCUGAUUCGAUGCCGAAAUCUGACGACGACACUCUCCCCGAAGAUGCCGCCAUAAUAAGAUACGUACACAUGCUGAACGAAGCCUGUGAGAAGACGGGUCGUAAGUUCAUUGAGCCAAGCUCUCUAAAAGCUAAGAUGAUUGCGGCUGGCUUCGUCGAUGUCGAACUACGUAUGUACAAGUGGCCUCACAACGAGUGGCCCAAGGAAGACAGGUAUAAGAGGCUCGGGUACUGGACCCAGGAAAAUUUCGGCACUGCCCUCGAAGCGUUGUGCAUGGCGCCGUUCACUCGCGUACUCGGCUGGAACCGAAACGAGGUUAACGUGCUUCUCAUCGAUGUCAGGAAGGACCUGAAGAACACGAAUUAUCAUGCUUACUGCCCUGUGUAUUUAUUGUAUUGCUGGCCGCAGGCCGUUGUAGCGCAGAUCAGCCUUUUGCCAGAGGAUCAGAAUAAUGUGUACAUAGUCGAUCCUAAGGUCGGAACAUUGGUUAUCCGGCCAAGCAGUCCAACUACCAAUUUCUGCAUGUCUCUCGAAAGAAGCGUCAGUCUAAUCUCUCUCCUCAGUGAUGCAAGAGGGGAAGCCUCAAUUGGCUCUUCGCGGCAAGACAUGCGAAACGACUCUAUUUGGGCGCAAGAGAAGUGUCAAAAGAGUGAUAUAUUGUCAUUAGAACUCAUGUUUGUCGACCCUUGCCAUGAGAAGGCACACAUCGUCAUGAUGUUAAUGAACCGCGUUUGCGGCUUCCACCAGCUCCGCGUCUACUGGAUCUGA